AUGAGUAGACUGACGAAUUAUGAAUAUUGGGGAAUUUCUAUUAACAAAGGCGUGUCUAUAGAACCCCUCGAUUCUACCCCGCAUGUUAAGUGUGAAAAAGGAUUUCGCUUUUAUAAAGAUAAAGUAAAAAAAAUAAAAAUUACCUUGUCUGGGAUUGCAUUCGAGCAUGCGCCGCUUGUAUUUGAUGAUUGUAGCAGCGUUCAGCUUAUAAACUGCUCUUUCAAGAACGCCGGGAAAAGAGCCGCCGUCAGCGUUUGGACGGAAAAUAUUCCAACACUCCACUUACACAUACAGGGACCAUCUCUGUUUCUGAACAACCAACGAUGCAUUGAAGUCUGGAUAAGAAAAAAAGGGAGAUUUUCCCUCACGCUUCGCGUGAACAACACCAUAUUUCAAGAAAAUGGCCUUCAAUCUAAUCAGUCAACUAGAGCUGUGAUUUCCAUACGAACCAACAUUAAAUCCCAUUCAUCACUGCAAACUUAUAUUAAUGUUUCAGUAAACAAAGUCACAAGCGUCGAAAACAAGGCUCGUUUCAUGCUGCUAGAUGUACCGACAGCUAACACAAAGGAAGUAUACAGCCAUGUAAAACUAUUAAACAAUAACUUGAGGUCAUCUAACACAACAAACAGUGCCAGGCACUAUAUGGAUAGCAUGUACAUAUCCCAAGUAAGAAAAACUGAUACAAGAUUUCAUCACUUUCUCUGCGCUAACAAUAGUAAUGACUUGGCAUUAAGGUGCAUUAAGAUUUCUUCCAGCGAGGCUAAAGUGAAAAUCGAAAAUUCUUCAUUUGUCGAGCAAACUGUGAAAAAAGGAAAGGGCGGAGCCUUGAGUCUUGAAUGCAAACUCAGCGCUUCCUUGGUUAUUACAAACACUACUUUUGAGCGAAACAAGGCAUAUUCCGGGGGCGGCGCGAUUUCUUUCAACAGUGUAAAAGGAAAUGUGCUCAGGCUUGAAAUCACUAAUGUGAAUUUUUCUGAAUGCGAAUCCGGAACCCAGGGCUCUGCGGUUCUGGUUGGGAAAACUCACAGUCCUAUAGCUAAACCGAAAACCUAUAUUCUAAACGCGCAUUUUAGAAACGUCCGCGUCAAAAACUGCGCCGGUUCACAUAGCAGUAUUUGUGUUAUGAUGAAGAGUGGGUUCGUGGAAUUUGAUCGUUUUCACUGGAUAAACACUGUUUCAAAGGUCUCUGGAGGUAUAUUUGUAGCAAGUACUAGUACUUGGAAGACAACUGUUUCAAUUUUGAAGUCUAAUUUCACCGACAGUCAUUACAAUGGAAGUGUUUUCGUAAGAAUCGAAGCGCUGAAAAAACACAGAGGAAGGCUUAAGGUUUUGGUAGCCAACACUUCUAUGUACAAUAAUCAAAAUGGAGCCCUGAUAAUCAACCCAAAAUAUGAAAUCUUGCUCAAGAACGUGACCAUCGCCUAUUGCAGACACGGAUUACAAACAUCCAAAGAAUGGUUGUUUCGCAGCGACUUGCCUUUUAAGCCUGUCAAAAUCCUAAUUGAAAACUGCACUUUUAAACGCAACCUCUACGACGUGUCUAUAACUGUAAGAGAGGCCCGGUCUGUAUCGUUCACAGUGAACAACACGAAUUUCAUCGGCCAGUCAAACGGUCACGCGAUUCGAUUUUAUAUGCCCGCAGUGGGGAAAAACACCAAAACAUCAAGAGCCACAGUAAAAAUAGACAAAGUGAUAUUUGAUUCUCGUCCUGCCAGCUAUUUCGCCCUUUACUUCCGUGGCAAGAAGUAUGUAACCAUACGGCGGUCGAUUUUUCGCCACUGCACGUCUGUUAGCCAAGAGCUGUGGAACUAUGGUGAUAGUAAAUUUGCUUACGAGACGGCGACAGGUGCCAUCUCGAUUCUCUCCAACCCGGACAAACGCUACAAUCCAGGGUGUGUCGAACGAAACAUAAACAACAACACUCACCCUUUAUGGAAAUACGACAGUCACGUGACUGUUGAAGAUACGUUAUUUCAAGAGAACGCUGGGCUCAGUGGGGGUGCAGUGUAUCUUAGCAACGGAAACACUACCUUUCGGAAUUGCUCCUUUGAAAACAAUUUGGCAACGAAGCACACAGGUCAAGUUUAUUCCGCCUAUGGAACUGGUCGAGUAGAAUUCGUCAACUGCUCUUUUGUUAGUAGUACGUACCAUGCAACUAUCUCUGGCAGGAAAUUCAAAAAUGUCGCCUUCUUUUAUUCUGAAAGCGGAGGACCCAUCAAGUUUCGGAACUCGUCUAUGUUUUCAAACACCUCUACAAGGCGUUCGUUUUCCGUGUUGGCUGUUUACAACGGAGGAUACGUUGAUAUCGACAGCGAAACUAGCAUUCGCUGCGAAGGAAGUCAGAUGUCUCUCGCAAAUGCAACGCAUUUUGUAUACACCGUUGUAUACACCGAAAAAAGACAUGAACGCUUUUGCAUAGAAAACGUGACGGUCCUGUGGUUUUCCUGUAAGCUUUGCUCUCCCGGAUAUUACAGCCUACAAACUGGUUUCUCAAAAGGUCUGGCUGUAGAUGAUUCAUUCCAAUGUCAUCCAUGUCCUUUGGGAGCUACAUGCAUAAGAAACGAAUCAAGCAUCGCGGCAGUAGAAAACUUCUGGGGAUACAAUGUGCCGGGAAGAGAUGGGCAAGUACUCAACUUUGUUCCCUGCCCCAAGGGUUAUUGCCACUCACCGAGCCCGCAAUCGUUAGUGUACAACAGUUGCCAUGGAAACAGGACUGGUUUUCUGUGUGGCCAGUGCGCACCUGGUUACACUGAAACACUAUUUAAUUCUGAGUGCAGAAUAACAGCUCAAUGUAAAGAUUACCUCUUCUGGAUAGCGAUGUUUCUUUACUCGGCCGCCUUGGCUCUAUAUCUGUUAAUUGAUCCUCCUUUGCUUCGACUUCUCAGUCCACAACAUAUUUUAUGGUUCAUGAAAAAGAAGGAGAGAAGACAAAACCAAGAAAAGAGUGAAAACUGCGACGAGUCAGACAGUGGUUAUACAAAAAUCGCCUUCUAUUACUACCAAGUCGCCGAUUUACUGCUAGGCAGUUCUCUUGAUGACUUGCUUCAUGAAAUGCCCCUCGUUGUUGCUAUGAUUUCAGCGUUCAAUUUUCAAGUCCGCUCUGAUUACCUAAGAAUCGAGUGUCCAUUUCCGGGAUUGACCCCAGUCACCAAAGAACUGCUUCUUUCUUUGGUGGUGUUCGCAACAAUGGCGAACCUCGCCCUCAUUUUCUGCGCCCACUUGCUUAUCAGCAGAUUCCAUAAGAAGGUGAGAAAGCCAUCGUUGAGCCGUUAUAUGGCGGUCUCCUUGGAGAUAUUGUUGCUAGGAUACGAUAGACUGGCUGAAACUUCGCUGGGGCUGAUGCACUGUGUAAGAACUGGUUAUGAGCAUCGACUGUUCAUUGAUGGUACCACGAUCUGUUGGCAGCCGUGGCAAUACAUCCUUCUUGGGUACAUCAUCGUGUUUGUGGUGCCCUUUAUCGCAGUCCUGUACUACGGUUCUUCAAAGCUGCACAGUUCUUACAUUUCUUCAGGUGAAUUUCUCGCAGCUUGUGCUAUUCCUUUACCAUUUCUAAUCUAUUGGCUUUUCAAGCGCGUUUUCAAGAGAAGAAAGGAAGAAAAUGAUAGCGAAGAAGCUGCAGCAAGGCUGGACAAUAGCGCUGAAGUAAUGAAGGUCCUACACGAGCCAUUUCGCGCACCUAAUGAUCGAGAUAAAGGCACUCUUUACUGGGAGAGCGUUAUGAUUGGUCGACGGCUCAUCCUUCUUACAAUUCACUCGUUCAUCCCUAACGCUAUGAUCCGACUUUUCUUCAUGGCUAGCGCGUGCGACCUCAUGGCCAUCCACCACAUAAUCAAGGCCCCAUUCCGGAGUAGCACCGCUAACAAAGCCGAAACGACGUCCUUAGUCACCUUGGCAAUCGUCGCCAAAAUCAGCCUGAUAAAGGCAACUCUCCUGUCUUCCGGGAUAAGUGCCAAGGGAAGAAACAAGCUUUUCCUAAAGGGACUUCAGUGGUUCGAAUUUGCUGCAGUGGGACUUGUUCCUGCAUUGUUGUCCUUGCUAGCUGCUUCAGCCAUUUUGUCGCAAACAUUUCGUUUGAUUAUUUAUUUUGUCAAGAAGAUUGGCCGACGCUUUCGAAAGGAUGACAUUACUCAUACAUCUAUCGAUGAAGUAACAGAUCCUCUUUUGAGUAAUAACCAAUAUUAUGGUAGUUGUUAACGGUUACCUUGAGGAGGGGAGGGGGCGGGGGUAUGCUAUCGCCUUUGUCGGUCAUUUCGCCUAGAAAGUUAGGAAUAAAGUCCCUGUCGCCUUUUAGCUAGUAACAAAAUGUUGCUGUUGGUUCAGCAUAAAUUUUUGAUACUCAGUUUUGGAAUUUAUGGCGAUGUAGAGCUUGGAAAGAAUUAAUUGCUAUUAACCUUUUUCCCUAAAAUGACCGUUUUUGAACAAUACCAUAAUUAGAUAACGUUCUAAAGAAAAUAACAAAAGAAGUUUGGGAAUAACGGAAGAGAAUUUGCUAUUUCGCUGCCGAAACAGCCGAAAUGCAAAGUGAACAGAUGCCGCUUUCACUUCUUAAAAAUGGAUUGUCGCUGUCACAAUUCAUUCCUUCUUUUCUGUCGAUUGUUGGUGUUUUUUGAGAGGACUGUCCCCAGUUUUCGGCUCCAUGUUGCCUUUCGCUUCUACCCCUUGGAAGGCUUCAACAUUGCUACCCGUUACCAUGCUAACAACUUCCAAAGAAAUUAAUUGAUCAGCGGCAGACCUGAAGGGAAGAUGUGAGCCUCCCUCCCUCGCUUUCCUAUUGUUUUGGUUAUGCUGUAAAGUUUGCUUAUUUUGCUCCUUGUGAUAUAAAUAAAACUACCGCCAGCCUACCAUGAAAUUUUCUGAACUUUCGUCUUAAAGAGAUUUGCCUCAAUAUCCCAAGCCAAUGCCUUAGAAUGUUUUAGAUGAAUGUCUAAAUGUUUUAUUUAACUAGGGUGAAGAGAAUUUGGAGAUAUACCCUUGGCAGUGAAGACGGAAAAUAGGGGGCGAACUUGUAGCCUUUUGCCUUACUGAUCUUGGGAAUAACUCUUUACUACCCUGAAGCUUAAGUUUUAGUUUUAGUUUUAUCAACUUAAUUAUUAACUGAUUGUUCUUUAUGUCAUCAUUACUAUACCACAAUUAUUUAUUACCUUAUUUGCACAUAUUUAUUUAUUCAUUUUUAUUCUUGCACAUUGCACUGGAAUUUGCUAGACGUCCUUAUAGGAUUUUGUAAAUAAAUUUUGUAGAUGUAGAAGCAUAUGUUUGUGAUUUAUGAUUUUAGUUUCAAAAUAUAAACCUAAUUAUAGCACAACUCAUCACCUUGUCAAACAAGUUUCUGUCGGUGACGUGAACAAUAUUGAAAAACUGAUUCUAGCUUGAGUUUACAUGUAUCUGCAUAUAAAAAAGGAAGCAUUCUGUAUAAACUAUGAAAAAGUACAUCAUUGGUUGUAUGUUCUGUAGUUUUUGCUAAAUAUAUAUAUCUAAGGGUUUUCUAUGCAAUAAUUGGAUUAUAUAGCUUAAAUAGUACAGUGUUAAAAGCAGAUAAGGAAUAAGUAUUUCGUGAUUAAACUGUUAACAUGUCCACCAUUCUGCUUUAGUUGUGCUCAGCAUUGCAGUUGAUUCUCGUCUUGUAUAGAGAUAAUGAAUUGUAAACAAUGACUUGUAAGCAAACAUCUCUUACCAUGGUGAUAUCCAGGUGACUAUCCUUUAGUGUAACCAAGGUAGACAAGGACAUUGUGAAUAUAUGCUGGCAAAUAAGCAUAUGUUGAGUACACAGACAUCCCACGAAUUGUCACCAAUGUUGCAUCUGUGA